GAAGGUAAGCUCCCGGAAAUCUUAACACUAAAUCCAAUCUCCUUAAACAACUAAAGACACAAAUUGAAAUUCUGUUUGCGAUUUGAGCUGAGUGUUUGUAUUGCGAUUUCCGAAGGCAUGAGUUACCCGCGCAAUUUCGAUACGGAGCUGAGUAAGAGUCUAUCGUGGCUCCUGCGACAUGGUGCUAUUAAAGAGGGACUUCCCAUAGCAUCCAAUGGAUUCAUUCCUCUGGAUGCUAUUUUGUCGCAUCGCAACCUUAGCAAUCGCUAUACAGCCGAGGACAUCAUGAGGAUAGUGGAAGCGGAUUCGAAAAAUCGAUACACUGUCACCACCUGUCCCAGCAGCACUAGAAUCCUCAUCAAAGCCAACCAGGGUCAUUCGAUUUCCGAGGUUUCAGAGCUGACUUUGACAAAAGUUCGCCACGCAUCCGAAGUUCCAAUUGUUGUGCAUGGAACUUUUUACAAGAAUCUGCCCGCCAUAAGGAGACUCGGACUAAAGCGAAUGAAUCGCAACCACAUCCACUUCUCUGCAUCGGACAAACUCAAACCGGGCACCGAGAGAGUCAGUGGAAUUCGACAUAAUUGUGAAGUUCUGAUCUACUUGAACACAGAUCUUGCCAUUAGCAAAGGCAUAGAACUCUACCGCUCCGAAAACAAUGUGAUAUUGAGUCCUGGCUUGAAUGGUGUCAUAAGCACAGAGUUUUUCGAAAAGGUUGUAGACAGAAAAACCGGACAACUUAUCCCUAUUUAA